UUGCAAGUGCUUUUACACACAGUGCUGAAAAUUGAAUAUUACAUUAAAGCAAGAUAAUUUUCUUUGCGUCGUCUACUUCUAAACGUGAUACAUUUGAUACAAUUUUAAAUAUACACAAAGUGAGAGAGAAGAGGUGAUAAACGAAAAAAUAAAUUUACACAGAAAGACGAUACACAGAAAAAUAGAACAUUUAACGGAUUUUUUCUUUGGAAUUGGAAUACCAUAUCGUUGGUUUUUUUUCUUCGUCUUCUUCAACACUGACCAUCUGUGUUGCCAUUUGAUUAGAGGCACAUUCAGUUCCAAGAGCGUGUGGAGUGUGAGUGUUUGUGUGUGGGGAAAAUCUAAUAUAUUUUUUUUCGUUUCUUCGACUUCUUACUUUUGCGUGCAAAAGCGAUUACAAAUUUCACGAGACAAGAUGAAUCACAAAAUAGUCAACGGUUGGGUGCUACUUUCACUCUUAAUGAGCACAUUAGUUUAUGGAUACCCACAAUCCACACCGAGUCACACAGCCGGUCAGUAUAUACCGCAAACUGCUCAACAGCAAGCGGAAUACCAGCAAUAUCAAUAUUUGCGACAGCAACAACCUCAGCCACGUGUACAACACUACCAAGUUCAUAGUCCACCACAAUACCAACAAUUGCAACAGCAGCAGCAACAGCAACAACAGCAACAGCAAAUCCGUAAAUUUGCCGAAAAACCAAAUGCAUUGAAAAAAGUGUCGCUCGAUGACAUCGAUACCGAUAUUCAAACGAAUCAAAUCGAUGGCAACGGUGCAUUCUCAUGGACCAACAUGGUUGGAUCGUUGAUGCAAAUGUUCCUUGCCAACAAUAACCUGUUCGCUCCAACCAAAUCAUCGGAUGAUUCAGAUGGCAACGGCAUUCCAGCCUCACCAUGGACCAAUGUAAUUGCAGCUGGUUUGAAAAUCAUUACCACUCUUUUAGGAGGAGGCGGCGGUGGUGCCGAUGGUAUCGACAAAGUUGACAAUGGCAAUGUGUCACCAAUGCAGAGCAUUUUGGCUGCCGUAUUCCAAGGUGUGUUGGGCGCUAAAGAUCCAGACCAAGUGAACAUUAUGGCCAAACAAGCCGGUGAAUUCAUCAACAUUGUUGUUAAUCUUUUGGAUGCAUUGAAAACAUCAUUCUCGCACCGAUCAUUGACCGCCCGUUCAAAUGGCCGAAAAGACAGCGUUAGCGAUUUGGGUAUUGCCUCGAUUACCAUGCUCAAAGGUUAUGUAAAAACCACUGGCAACGCAUCGGAGAAGUGCAUGGAAAAGUAUAUGUGCGAAGCAAACACGGAAUGUAACAAUGACAUCGGCGGAAACAGCAUCUUCUGCCAAAUGGGAAGCUAUGCCACCAGCUUUGUAUUGGAGCGAACAACAGGCAAUGCUUUCGAAAAAUUCUAUGAAGCUGGCCGACGUGGUCGGCAAGGUGGAAACUGCCGAGAACUCUACACAGAAUGUAGCGAUAAUCAAUAAAUAUAUGGAGCAAAAACCGAACCAAUAAACGAUGCUCUAGGGGUCAGAUUUAAGAGAAUAUAAAUUAACAUAUUUAAAAACAAACACACGAAAAAAAUGAUUUAAUAACAAUUUAAUUUAUUUUGUGACAAAAAUAUAAUGACUCAAAUAUAUGCUCUGCCUGGGUGGAGUAUAAUAUUCCAUGAAAAAAAAACAAUUUCAUUUGUUGGCACGAACAAAACUUUUCAAACAU